UCCAUUACUAGCGCCGCGACUAGAAAGUAUAUCGGAAGAACUAUUUUGGUUGCAGUGGCAUCAUCCUAAAAGUUUUGAUAAGCGAGCUAUAAGUAUACAACGUUAAACUUUAAGUAUGCACGCCUGUGAUCAUCAUCUCUUAUCCAAUAAGAUUGUAUUUAUUUUAAGUUAACAAAUUUGGCGGAAAUUGUUAUGUCAAGUUUUUGAACGUUAAAUAUUUUUUGUUGUUUUAACCAAAAUAUUAUAUAAUAAGUUAAUAAAAAUGGGCGAAAAUAGCUUUACUACAAUAGGCAAGGAGAAAUAUGAUUCUAUGUACACUGAAGCUAUGCGAUUAAAUUCCUUUCAAAAUUGGCCAUUUGAUGACAACUCUGUGUGUUCUGCUUCGAAGAUGGCAGAAGCGGGAUUUUUCCAUUGUCCAACAGAAAAUGAACCAGAUUUAGUGCAGUGCUAUGUGUGUUUUAAAGAAUUAGAUGGAUGGGAGGCUACCGAUGAACCAUGGUCUGAACAUUUUUCUCAUUCAAAAAUUUGUUUGUUUGCGAAACUGAGAAAGCCACAAAAUCAAUUGACUGUUGCAGAAGUUUAUAGCAUUGAAGCUGCUAGAAAAAGUAACAAAACAAAAAGAUAUAUUGCCCAGCGGAUAAAAGAAUUCAGGACAUUGUGUGAAGAAGUAGAAGAUUUCUUACUAGAGCGAAAGGAAUCGUUUUCCUCAUCUCGGACUACAAAAAAAUGAACUCAUUCCCUUGUUAUGGAUAUUUUUAUGAGUAAAGACAUUUUUUUAAUCCAAAUGUGAUUUUAUGUAAAUAUCCGACAACACUUAGUUCUGACGUGCAAACAUUUUAUUUUUAUCCAUUGAAUUUUUUAAGGAAAAAAAAGUUAAAAUGUUUAGGAAUUUUGCAUUAUGAAACAGCAUUUAAGUAUCAAUGACAUUUUCGAUUUAAAAAUUAGAAAAUUUUAAUCGGAAAAAAAUUUUAAUGUUUAGAAAUUUUGCAUAAUGAAACGGUAUUUAAAUUGUAAUUAUCAGUUUUAAUCAUUUUAGAUUUCGGUAAAUUUCAAAACAACAGUGAUAGAAACUUUAACAAGAUGUAUAAUUAAUUUUUUUGCAACUUAUAAUUCUCCUGUUCUGUCCGUUUCUCUUUCUUUAUUCGUAAAUAAUUUUAAGAUUUUUUUAUAUUAUCCUUCCCUCUUGCUUGUUGGUGAAUUAUUUUUUAGUCUAUUGGAUUUGUAAAUAAAUUUAUUUUGAUUAUUAUUAUUCAUACUUUAAAUUACUUUAUUUUUUUCUAUUUCAUGGCACAACAUGAAAUUAAUGCUAUGAGUUUUUUAAAAACAAGUUUUAAAGUACUACAUUUGUGUCAAAAUUUAGUCAUACUAAUUUGCAUUACUAUCAUCGUAUAAAUCUUUCAGCCAAAAAAGAAAUUUUUUUUUAAAAUUGAGCACUGAAAUUUAAGCAUGUUCUUUACUGUUGCCUAUUAAUGUUUACUAAUUUUUAAUUUUUUAUUAUUUUUUUUUCAAGAUGAAUCAAUAGAUACAGUAUAGUGCGGUUUUGAAAAGAACUCCUUCAGGCUAAAGGUCUGGGGCUGUCUGUUACUAUGGUAAAAAGAGAGAGCACAACUCUAAUGGGGAUGAAAUGGAGGAACGAAGGUGUCAAUUAGUUCACUCACACUGACCUAUGCCAAAACUAUUCACCCCACACUCCUAUUCGAAGUGUAUUUUUCUCGUAACCAUGGUACCCGCCACAAGUGGUGUCUGGAGGAGUUCUCUUAGAAGCCGCACUAUAUAUUUUUUUAUGUAUUAUAUUCUUCGUUGCUAAAAUGUCAAUAUUGUAAAAAAAAAAGUUAUGAGUUUUGUUGAAUGUCAUGCAAAUAUGAGUGCAGCCCUUGAAAGGUCAUUGUAUGUGUGUCCCUCCCUUAUAACAAAAAAUGUAUUGAAAAAAAAAAGCUUACAACUUGAAUAAAAAAAUUUAUAACUGUUUUUCGAUAUGAAAUUCAAUAUUGUUCAAGGCAUUAAUCUGUUAAUUUAAAAAUUUAAGUAUUUCAACAUUUCAUAUUUAUUUGAAGAAAUCUUUUUUUAUAACUAAACAUGUUCAAAACAAUGUUUUAUUAUGCAAAAGAAGAAAAAAAAGGAAUUGCUGAUUUUAAAAGCCAGAUUUUAUUUUCUGCGACCCUCUUAUGAAAAGAAAAAAGGUUGUCCACUUUUCUGUUGUGUACUCUUGCUUACCUAAUACAUAAUCUUUUGCACUUUCACUAGGAUUUUCUUGUGAAAUUAUCUGCAUGUGUGUGAGUUAAUGAAUGGUAAAAUGUGUAAAAAUUAUCAGCAUUAUUUAUUUGUAAUAAAUAUUGGUUUUUAUCUGUGUAAUAAAAAUGUCGUAUAAGUCCACAAAAUGUAUUCUGCAUUUUUGAAAAAUGUUGAUUGUAAUGUACACACAAAAUAGGAAAAAAAUAAUCUCAUUUCUGUAAAGGGUUGUCCUGUUUUACCCAGCCCCCC